AUGGUUGAAAAGAACCGGCUCCUUGAAGCGGAUAAUGUCAGUCUUAACCAAGACAAUGCCCAUUUUAUUUCGAGGCUUGGUGAACUCGAGGCCACUAUUUCCCAACUUCGAAGUGAACUUGACUCGGUCAAGGCUGAUACCGUGAGGAUGGCAGAAAGGCAUCAACAGCUUGGAUCCGAAAGUGCUAAUAACAAGGAGAAGUUGAGGGUGGUCGAACAGAAAGCCGAGAAACGAGCCCGGAUUAGUGACGAGCUCAAGAGAAAGCUCGAGGAGGCUGUAGAGGCCAAUGACAUGCUUCAGGCCGAGCUUGAGUCGGCUAAUCAAAUUCAAAUAGUUCUUCUCGAAGAGAGAUCCGAACUAGAGGCAAAAUUGAAAAAAGCUGAGGUCGACCUAGAAGAGUCCCUUAAAGACACGGAGACUGCCGAGGCUCGUUCUACGAUUCUGGUCUAG